UUCAUUUCGAACACUUGAUCGUGCAAAUUUCGUAAGAAAUGGAUUCGAAAGCUUUCUCUCUCUUUUGUGUUGGUUUGUUCGCUCUGUGCUGUCAUUCUGUGUUCUCUGAAACUCCCGCUCCUACGACAUCGGCUGUUUCUAACGCUACGACUUCUUCGCCGACGACACCCAAACCAGCGCCAUCAUGCGAAGCUCUGAACACCUCUUGUGGUGCUUGUACCGACGAUUCUAAGUGUUUUUGGUGUGCUUCGGAUUCGACUUGUAAAAAAUAUCCGGCAAGCAAAAUUAUACCUCGAGAUUGUAAAGGGAAUAAGUGGUACUUUCAACAGUGCUUUGCUCCUGGUUACAUAGUAAUAAUUGUGAUACCAUCAGUUGCGGGAGCAAUUCUUCUUGCACUGGGCUGCUGCAUCUACUGUUGUUGCUGUCGCAGCAAAGGAUCCAGUGGUUUAGAUAAAGAAACGCGUAGGAUCAGACAAAGACGAGAAGAAGCCCGGCAAAAGAGCGAGGCCAGGAGGGCUGAGCGCCAGAAAAGAACAGAUGCAAUACGACAAAAAUAUGGACUUCUUACUAAUGAAGAUGACAAUGAAGUUGUAUAAUUAACUGAAAGACAUUGAAAUGAUUCUAAUAACAAAAUAAUAUACAUGUACUGUACAUACCUUUUUUGAUACACAAGUGGCAUCUUGAAUCCCCAAUUUUUUUUCCCAAAGUUUUUUUUUCUUUUGCUUUGUAUUAUUCUUAUAAAAAUUCUACAAUAAUAAUUCUAUUUCCAUAUUGUCUCAGAAAGUUCCAUAAUUAUUGAUCAUGGCAUGAUUUUAUUUGUUAAUUUCACUUUGAAACUGCAUGUCCCUUGGUUUCUGUGAAUGUGGUCCACAUACUUAUUGUAGAAAUGAUGUACUUCAUCCACUCUGAUUGGCUAUAUUUAUUCUAAAUGAGAAUGAUAUUUAAUGCYGUCAUAUUGAUUGACAGCUUCUCAGAUAGAUUUUCAGAAGAGGGGUUGGGUGGGGGUUGUAUUUGAAGUUUUGAAACAUAUAUGAAAUAAGAUCAAAUAAAUGUUGCUCAUURUUUUUAUGUUGUUUUGUAAAAUGUAACRUUUUUUCAUUCAGUCUUGAUAAUGGCUYKGURAGCCGAAARCUMGACGAAAAUAAAUAUCUUUUAGGUUGAAGUAGCGCUUACAUYGUAAUAAUAYAUGAMAUAAUUAUGCUUGUUCUGCUGUUUAAAAGAGAUCAUAUCUAAUGAGAUUACCAGCACAUACAGUAAACACACUUAACCUGUGUAACUGCAAUAUUGGUAUGAUGACUUGUAAUASGAAGGGACAAUAUGAUUUAGCAUCAUUUUUGUUGUUUCACAGGUUGAAUGUGUAAACUAAAUGGAUUUGGUCGUCUUAAACAAUUCAUCCAGUAUAAUUUUGCUGACAGGACACUAGCURAUAUACAAAGAAAAAAAACUGAUUUUGCUGCUGAUAAUUCUGCAAUAAAAGAAAGAUUUCUAUUGUA